CUAACUCAUCAAUUCGGCCUGAGGAGAUUCUUUGUCACAUCACGGUAUGAUCCUUUCCAUAGCAUCCUCUACGCAUACAGCUCAUAACAAUCAGACAAAGCAAAGGGGUUUCGGAAGCAUUUUUGUUUGGUUCAUCGUCGAUUUGAUUAUCAUGAUACUCAUGACAGUGGGUGCUGUCGUCUUGAUUGAUAAAAUACCUACAAUAAAAGAAUUCUUCAAACGUCAUGACUAUGUGAUAUACAUUCUUCUAUCAGUUAGUGGCGUCCUACUAAUGGUAGUUAUAUUUGUGAGAAAAAUUCAGUCGUACUAUCUUGCUACUCGUAUGGUGCUUGAAACUGUGGUUUUACUGUGGUCUGUGAUCUUUGCUAUUGUAUUCCCAUCAAUUAAAUGGUCAGAUGCAUUGAUAUCGCUGGGUACAACGAUUACGAUAACAAUUUCGGUGGUCAUUCUGAGUUGGAAAUUAUCACCAUUGAAUUGGAAGGGGUUUAUCGUUUUCACUUCAAUAUCAAUCGGCAUUGCCGUUUUGGCCAUUGUUGCAGCGAUUUGUUAUUACUUCUUCCACAGUAGAAACGACUUAAAAAGAAAGAUAAGCUGCUUUGCGAUGGUUGUUUUAAUCGAGCUAUCUAUAAUCAUUAUCAUGUUCACUUGUGUCAGUAUCCACAAAUGGCUGAUGUGGUGGUUUGCACCUCAACCUACAGAAUUUAUUCUGGCUGUCGUGAUUUGGUUUCUAAUGCUAGGCCUCUUCACUGAAACGUAUACUGGCAUUACAUCAUGCUUACAGAAAGACAACAACAAUAAACAGAAAUCUGUUGUUGGAAGAUACCCGUAUUAACAGGUUAAAUGUGUCCCUUUUUCUGGAUUGUAGUGUGCUGUUGUGAUUACGUACAUUAAUAAAUUUCUGUGUUUUGUAAAAUCAAAAUUGUGUAAGCAUCCAAU